AUGGCCCCAUUCAAAAUGCAGUGCGAUUGUUCUAUGUUUGGGGGUACCGUUCAUGAAGUUGUGUCCAGGAGGUCUUGGAGACGUCAUAUGGCUCUCAAAGCGUCGGAUGUCUUUCAUGCUACACGCGAAGCUACUCAAAGACAUGCCCAAAGGCGCUCCCCCAGUCCUGAACUACGUCGCUCAGAUACCCCCGAUUUACACCUGCCUGAUCCCGAACUUCGCUCUCCCAGUCUUGAACUACGGUCUUCCAGCCCCGAUCCUUCGCCUCGAUCAAGUUCAGAGACACCCCCGAAUCAAGAUUAUGUAUCACCGGUGGCUUCGCCCCGAGCUCAGGUGCACGUGUCGCCUCUUACUGAAAAUCAUUCAUUGUCAGAGACUGGCAGUGGCAUCGUACAUUUGCUUGUACCAAAUUCACAUGCUCCAUAUUCACAAUCUGAAUCAGAUGUAUCUGAGAAUAAUGAGCUUAAUGGGGUUGACCUACAAAUGGUUGAUACUAUUGAUUCUAUUGACUCUGGUUCUGAUGAAAGCGAUUCAUUGGAACCUCUUGACUUUGAGGAAGCUGAUGCUACAUCUGGCUCGGACUCUGAUAACUCUGACAUAGGUCAAAUCUGGCGAGGCUUUGUGGAUCUUGGGUCAGUAGAUGAUCCAGAUAUCCAAUAUCUAUCAACAGACGAUGAAAGUGACGACGGUUUAUUGUCAUCUAAUCCACAUGAUGACUUUGAUUAUAUUGAGCCAUUUGGUGAACCUUUGACCGAUCAGGAAAUGAUAUCGAUAGCGCUGGACGAUAUUUCCCUAAAACACAAAAUAUCUAGGGAGGCGUCACGAGACACUCGCGAGCUAUUCUCGAGUGUUAACACCAAAUUGAUUGACUAUCGAACCAUUUGA